AUGAACACAGAGAGGGGCCUUCCUGUGAAAUUAGGCUCAUUUACUGAUGCUAGCAAGAAUUGGAGGCCACACUCCCCCCCCUUUUUGGCAAAAGUAAAUGUUGAUGCUGCUUGGAAGAAGGGUAGCAGUAAUCGUGGGAUGGGGAUUAUAAUCAGAGGUCAAAGUGGUGAGUCAAUUGUUGGUGCUAGCCUUCUUAGCUCGCACAAUUCGGUGGUGGAGGUUGAAGCUGAGGUUGUGGUCAGAGGCCUUCAAUUGGCUGCUCAUGCUAAGUUAUCUUUGAUUGUGGUGGAGGGCGAUUGUCUUGAGGUCAUGGAUGCUUUAAUCAACCAUUCCUCAGACUGUAAUUGGAGAAUCAGCUUGAUGAUUAGAAAAUCUAGGAAAUUGGUAGCAUGUUUUUCUCUGGUGGAGUGGAACUGGGUUCCAAGGGAAGCGAACCGCAUGGCGAAUGCCGCAGAAAAGCUUGCGAUGGCGAGGUUGAGUUCUUCAGACUGGGUUGGCAGACCCCCUACCUCUCUUGUUCAUGUUCUCAGAAGUGAUGGUCUCACAGGGCCUCCAUUGUUCUAG